UGACAGUUGUGACAGUGACAACUCAAUUGAUAUUGAUAAAAUUCUCAACUCACUAAAAAUUAGUAAGAUUGUUGUUUUCUAAUCAUUGUGCUGCUAUAUUUUGAUUAAAAAAUGUCAUUUCAAGAUAAAAUUUCAGCCCUUAUGGCUCGACCUGGUCAGGAUCCAGUUGCCAAAGAUGAUGUACCAUGGUGGAUGAAAUUUGCUGGCAGAGCGGUGGGCACAAUAGGAGGAUUCCUUGCUAUGGCGUUAGGAGUAUCAGUUUGCAUAACCCUAAGUGCUACCGGAAUUCUUGCUGGAAUAUGGCAAAUCCUAGCUGGGUUUGUUUUAAUAUGCUGUGAAGCCCCUUGUUGCUGCAUGUUUGUGGAACAUGUUCAGAAAUUAGCUGAUUUUAUUGAAUCUCGGCCAUAUUGGAAUAGAGCUGCUGUAUAUGUUGGGUUGUCGCUACCUCCAAUAAUAUUUGCUUUUGGAAUCAGUUCAUUUAUUGGUAGUGGAUUGAUAUUCGCAACAGGUGUAAUAUAUGGUAUGAUGGCUUUAGGCAAAAAAGCGACCGCAGAAGAGAUGCGACAAGCAGCGAAUGCAGAUAACACUCCUGUAGCACCUAGUGGCAUGCGUUCGAACCUUGUCGCCCAUGCUCAGCCUAUCGGUUUUAGUGGUGCUCCUGUCUUCGAUAGCAAUGUCUGAAUCUCUUUACUCCAUUAAGUAGUUCUCCAUUUGAUCACCCUUUUGUGGAUUAUUGGAUGGCACUAAGUUGACAUUCAUUGUUGUGUAAAGUCGAGUAAUAAAGUAUUUCAUCAAUUUAUUAAAAUAUAAUUGUUUUCUAGCAGGUAAUAUAAGAUAAAAAAAUAUUGGUACAAUAGCAGAUUCAGAUAUUUGAUAUACUCUAAGUAGGAGUUAUCAUUCUUGAACUAUAUAACACCUUGAAAGCUUUGGACGAGGAACAAUGUAUCAAGCAAACCCGAUAUAUUAGUGUCUUAACCAAAACGCAAUAAUUAUCAAAUAAAAUAUCUAAAAUCUGAUUCAAAAUAUUUAUCUUAUUAUUGAAAUCAUAUAAUCAAGUCAUCCAUUAUUAUUAAGUUUAAUAUUAAUUUUACAAAGGCUGAUCUGUCUCGACUUACACACAACAAUUAAUAUCCAAUUUAUAGAUACAUUAUUUUUAUACUUGGACAUCAGACUCUAUUUUUGAAUGUUAAAAGUCUAACUACUCACUAAAAAUCCCAAAACCAGUCUAAACAUCAAAUUUUGAAUAAGAAGCCACUUUUUAAUUUAAGUACUUUUAAAAUCUAAUUUUACUGUCAAAUUUUGUAAAAAAAUAGGAUUCCUUUUUGCAUAUUGUCUAAAUCAAAAACUGAUAUUUUUUGUUUUCCGGGAGCAAACAUGUCUCGUGGUCUUGCCAAACAUUUUUAUAUUGUAACUAAUUUGAUGUACAUAUAGAGUAGUAAACUAAUUUUAUGAAUUAUUCAACAAUAGGGUCCAUAGAUUGAUGUUCUUGUAUUACUGUAUAUUUUAUUGUAACCAAUUUAUUUUUAAAUGUAGAAAAAGUUAGCAUGAACUGAUCUUAUUUAAUUUUAUUAUACCGCAUAAAUGGGAUCCUUUUUAGAUUAAAAUUUUAUACAGUGUGUCCAUUAAUUAGUGCUUUGCGGUAAUAUUUAUUUACUGGAAUUUUAUCUAAAAAUUGAUUUAAGUAAUUUCGUAUAUUCAAAAAAUAUUGGAAAUGGGUUUGUAUCCUUGAAAAUUGUGCAUUUCUUUCGCGUACCUAUAUAUUGUGGUAGGUAUUUAGAUUUAAAAAAAUCUUAAUAAAUAAAUAUGUAUAUAUCGAAAAUUAGUAAAUUAGUAAAAUGUGGAGAACAUUACAACAUGCACAUUACUGUUACCUUAUUAGCGACAAUCGAAAAUGUAUUCUGCAUCCACUAUGAGAUUAAGAAAUAUAUCUUCAUUUCGUAAGGUUAAUUGGGCUUAUAGUUUCAUAUUUCCAAAAAUUACAUUUUUUAGUUUUCAGAUUCAAACCAAUUUUCUCAGUUUUCUUUGCAAUUUCACGUUUACAACAGCUCGUAUACGAAAACUUAACACUAGCAAACGGCUAAAGGAUCUUAGAAUGUAUUUUAGUACAUUCUGAGAUUGGCUUCUUUCUAUAUGAUGUCGCAUG